AUGGAGGGCACCGCAAAUUUAGUGGUGUAUCGCAACGGUGAGAUAAUACGUAAUACUCAUGAGGGAGUGAGAUUUGUGUCCCAGAAUCCGUUUUCGUUUGUGGUUUCAUGCACGAUGACGUUAAUGGAGCUGCAGAACGGCCUCUGUCAAAGCAUGGAGAAUGGUACGUUAAUAAGAGUGAGCAAAAUUCUGUACCGAAAUCCGGUUGUGGUUUUUGGUUGUCUAAUACAGUUUGGUGCCAUGCCGAUCACUGAUGAAGCGAGUAUGCAGAAGAUGUUUCAAAUUCACCGGCAGACUCAGAUGCGACACCCACAGAUUGAGGUGUACGUUGAUUUUGAAACUGUAGAGGCAGUGGCGGUUCAGAAUGGUAUAGAUAUACAUGAUGAUAGAGCUGCAGUGUACCAAGGAAUUAAUAGUGACAGCAAAGAUGACUUUGAAGCCACUAAUGAGGCCGGCGACGAAGAUGAGGAUGGUAAUGUGGGAGCUGAGGCAGCAGCAGAGAAUGUAGUGGUGGGUCCGUCGAGCAGUCAACCGAUGGACGUUCCACCUUUUAUGCGUGAGUUGGAUCUCGAGGCUAUGCAUGCCCCCGAGUUUCUGGAAUAUACAAACAUAGGCGUUGCCGAUGCUGAGGACGGGGAGUUCCGAAUUGGAAUGGAAUACAGUUCUAGAAAGUUGGUCGUCGCAGCAAUUAGAAGUUUCACUAUUGCUAAAGGAGUUGACUAUGAGGUGUAUGAGUCUGAGCCACAGACGUUCUAUGCAAAAUGCAAGAUGUACGGGCGUGGAUGUGACUGGCUUAUCCGAGCUAGCUUGAUACGGAAAAAAGUUGCUGAUGCUAUAAGGCCAUUGGUCGAGACGGACCCGUCCAUCAAGGUGAAAUCUAUAAUUGCAGAAGUCCAGUCAAGGUUCAACUAUACCAUUAGUUACCGAAAGGCUUGGUUGGCAAAGCAGAAGUCCAUAGCCAACGUUUUCGGUGGUUGGGAGGAUUCUUACCAAGCCUUGCCAUGGUGGCUUUCGGUCAUGGUGCAGAAGAUGCCUGGUUCAGUUGUCCAAAUAGAAACACGACCACUAUACAACGGGAAUGAGGAGGCGCAAGGUACACUUCUAGUUGCUGUUGCACAAGAUGAGAACCAGAACAUUGUGCCUAUCACCUUUGCCUUGGUGGAAGGGGAGACAGCUGAUGUGUGGCACUUCUUUCUCAGGAAUCUGCGAAUGUAUAUUGUUAAAAAAGACGGCAUGGGUAUGAUCUCAGUACGACAUGAGUCAAUACGGGCAGCAGUAAAUCGUUCCAGUGGCAACUGGCAACCUCCAAGAGCAUGGUGGAUGUUUUGUAUAAGACACAUCGGCAGUAACUUCUUAAGGGCAUUCAAAGUCCCUCACUUGCAAAAGCUUGUUGUCAACAUAGGGUAUUCAAGAACGGUGGAGGAGUACAAUAUCAACUAUAAGAGGUUGGAAGAGCGAGGCGAGGCAUAUACCAGGUGGUGCGAUGCCAUUGGACUCAGACAUUGGGUAUUGGCAUUCGACGAGGGACAUCGAUGGGGCCAUAUGACAACGAACCUUGUCAAGUGCAUUGACUCAGUGUUGAAGGGUGUCCGUAAUCUACCUGUACUGGCGCUGGUCUGA